CCUGGCGCUACAGAUUGGGUAUUACGCCACACCGAUGGAAUGACCAGUCCCACGCGCGGAUUAACGGUAAUUGGUGCGGGCGUUAACAACAUGCUCCCGGGGUGUAAACAUGUUAACUUGACAUCAUACGUUCAAUACACUCGGAGUUCCCCAGAAUCUGGGGUCGGUUCGUACCACGCAACGUUUCAGAAGUAGUUAGGGUGCGUUCGUGCAGAUGUAUCAAGGAAUAAUCAUCCUUAGUGUUUUGAGUGCAUUGGCGAGUGAAUGAUUCGAUACAUCCAAAAGCUUCAUCACGGAUUAAGCAUGGCAAAAUACAAUCUAAUGUUCAAAUGUGGCAGACUAGCAGGAUGUGUUAUGUGUGAUUAAGAAGUGGUUCAUUUCAACAGAGGCACUAUACUUUCAUUGGUUCUGCGGUGUAAAAUUUUAAUUCAUAAAUUAUAUCUGGAUUCAUACCGACGAAAACGUGGAAUUACCUGAGUCUCCACGGAGGUAACUGAAAUGUUUUGACCACGGCUAUCUACGUUAAAACCAUGAUUUCCGAAGACCAUGACAUGCGAUGAAAGCGCCAAAGCGUUUGAAGCUAUCCUCAGUCGUACACGUCCGUUCGGAUUCUAUCAGAAACGUCUCUUUUUCCUGACCACAUUGUUACAAUCCCUUUGCUGGAUGAUUUUGAUGUAUCUCAACUUUCUCAAGAACAAUUCGUGGGAAGAGGAACCGUGCCUCAAACCAGUGCUAAGACAGAUUCUUCCUAUUGGAAACUUUACAAACAGCACCGAGCUUCCUCUGGUACAGACAACUAUCAUCGAGACUCGAGAGUGCGAGGAGACAUCCAACACCACGUCAGACAUCAGAUGGACCUUACCAAAGUGGAUGACAUGGAAACCAGACGCCAUUCUCUAUGAGUACAUAUGGUAUGGCCAGAGUGGAGGCCUUAUUGCAGGCGCCUUCGUCGGAGGGUUCUUCGGCGACCUUGUCGGCAGGAAGGUCAUCCUAUUCUUCAUGUUCGCAUGCAUGUCAAUGUCACAGGGAAUGGUGGCUCUGUCCGAAGACUGGUUCAACUUUUUCCUGUUCCGAAGUCUCGUUGGACUGUUUGCUGGAGGAUUCAUCGUGACUAGCAUGGUGUUGAUGGUCGAACAUAUUGGUCAGAACUGGCGGGACGUGUGUGUGUGUUCCUGUCUGUGGACGCUUGGGAUCAUACUUCUCUCCUUCGAAGGCUGGCUCACACAAAACUGGCGGUACCUCGCUAUCACAACCUCCGCCACUAGUCUGCCUUUUAUUGGUAUAUAUUUUAUAUUUCCGGAAAGUUUUCGAUGGUACGGAUGCCGGGAAAGAUUCGCGGAAUCUGAAGCUGGCAUCAGAGAAAUAACGUCAGCUAAUACUACAUCCGUACCGGAUGUGACGUCACUGUGUGAUCGAGCUAGACUCGCCGUCCUUAAUUCUAUGCACAAGAGAACUCAUACUUUCACGGACUUGAUUCGCACCAGAAAAUCUUGUAGAUACACCAUAGCUGCCAUGGUGUGUUGGUGCAUCAGUUGUGCCAUCUACCGUUGUUUACUUGACAGAAUGGAUAGCCUGACCGGAAAUGUCUAUGUCGACAUCUGUAUAACUUAUACCAUCGAUCUCCCUAUCGUCUUCACCGCCAUCUUCAUCAACAAGUGUAUCGGCCGCCGCUGGUGCCUCUUCCUGUACGGGACAUCGUCCGGGUUCGCUUUGAUGUGCAUCAUCGUCCUUCACAUCACAAACAAUCUGGACAAAGACGAACAAAUGGUCACCAGCAUAUCUGUGUUUGGGAAAUUGGGGGUAACUGCCUCCAUCGCGCUCACCAGUCUUGUUACCAUAGAAACCUAUCCCACUGCCAUCAGGUGUAUGGGGACGUCUGUGGGGAUCAUGUCAGGCGUUGUCGGCUGUGCUGUAGGAAGACAGGUCCUUUCCUUUACCAAAAAUUUUCACUACACUUUACCUUACAUUGGGUAUGGCGUACUAAUGUCAAUGGUAGGAUUUUCCGGACUAAUGUUCUCAGAAACGCUACAGCGACCUCUGCCGGAUCUCCUCCCCAGCCGACACCGCCUGAUCGGCAUGAAGGAAGUCAGUCGGUCGACGGAGGCUUGGGGUGGCGCAAGAUGAGGGAGACAAAGCCGCCGACAAGGUGGAUUUGAAAAUUUAUAGAUGUCCCUGAACGGUUGGGUCUCCAUACUGGAGCAAGCGAGCCAAACCUAGACGUAAGCUGGAGUGGAAAUUUUCACGAGGAGCUAAACAUGGACUGGUGCCUUUUGGAAACUUUUGAUGUUUUCAUGUUGAAGUGGCACAAGAUCUUCCAAUCUAAAGAGCACGUGGUGUGUAAAUAAUGGACUGCGUAUCACGCGCAAACAUGUCCAUGUAACGUUGUCGUGGUGUUACCAUUAGGGUAGAUAACCUUUGUACCAGAGUGGACCCAUUCGGAGCGUAGGUCAUAUUAUCUACCACAAUACCUUGUAUAAACCCUGUAUUUCAUCAUCCCAACACAAUUACAU